AUGAGUGGUGAAGCGCCAGCCGACCCGCUGGCUGAUGCCAAGCCAGUAUGCGGUGGUGAGGGCUUCAACCCGGAGGAUUAUGACUUCCCUCUGCACUUGGCAGCAGUCUUCAUUGUCUUCCUUGCGAGCAUAGCAGGUGCUGGCUUCCCCGUUGUUGCAAAGAAAGUGAAAUGGAUGAAGAUCCCGCCGAAACUUUUCUUCUUCACCAAGCACUUCGGAACUGGAGUUCUCAUAGCCACAGCGUUUGUGCACUUGGUACCCACAGCCUUUGCGUCGCUCUCGGAUCCCUGCCUUCCCGAUGUCCUGAUUGAGGACUACCCUGCGAUGCCAGGCGUCAUUAUGAUGUUUUCGGUCUUCUGCUUGUUCGUCAUUGAGAUGUACCUCAAGUCAAAGGUUGGCGGUCAUUCACACGGGGGACCGACAGGCCAGGAGAUCAGCAAACCCCUCGAAAUCAGCGGCCCUCUGCAACAAAAGCGCGGUCAUGGACCAGCAGAGCUGUAUCGAAAUGACACGGCAUCGUCCCUUCCGCCAUAUGAUCGGGGUCGCGAUCAGUUCAUGGACUCCUACCAGGAAAAGCUGAUGGCACGGCUUAACGUUGCACAUGAAGAGCAGCCUGAGAUCGAAAAGUAUGCUGCAGUGUCCGAGAUGCUCCAUGGUUCCAGGUCUUCUACGCACAAUACGUGCGUCAACUCGUACCUGCACUUGGACGAAGAAGAUCCUUACACAGUGGACCCUGCCAAGUUCCGCAUAAUGAAUCUCAACAUCACGCUCCUGGAAGGCGGUAUUCUGUUCCACAGUGUCUUCGUUGGGAUGACCAUCUCGAUCACAACUGACGGUUUUAUUACCCUCUUGGUGGCCAUCAUCUUCCAUCAAUUCUUCGAGGGUCUCGGCCUGGGUAGCCGCAUUGCAGCAGUGCCGUACAAGCCAAAGGCGCUCAAACCGUGGGUGCUAGUUGUGGCUUUCGGCACGACAUGUCCAAUCGGACAGAUCAUAGGUCUCGUCACCCGUGACAGCUACGACCAGGGAAGUGCCUUCUCGCUGAUCCUGGUCGGAUUCUUCAAUGCCUUUUCGAGUGGUCUCCUCAUCUAUGCAGCGCUCGUGGACCUGCUGGCGGAAGACUUCCUGUCGGAGGAAGCUCAAGAACUCAUGGACAAGAGCAUGAAAAUCAAGGCCUUCAUUUAUGUCCUGCUGGGUGCCGCUGGUAUGGCUGUCGUCGGCGCCUUCGCUUAA